CAGUACUGUAGAGUGAGGGAGGCGGGCCCAGUGGCUCCAGUCGAGGAAAUGUGUGACAUUCUUGUAGUUUUAUGAAACAGUGCUUUGUGCAGGUAUGAGGUUGGCACCUUUUCUUCUCUUCCUGCUCCUGGCAGCAGGAAGAAAUGUCACAGGGGAGGAGGCGAACAGGAAGCCCAACUUCGUCCUGAUGAUGGUGGACGACCUGGGUAUUGGUGAUGUAGGGUGCUACGGUAAUGAUACCAUCAGGACUCCUAACAUAGACAGACUGGCUUCUGAAGGGGUGAAGCUGACUCAGCACAUUGCAGCUGCCCCUCUCUGCACUCCAAGCCGGGCUGCUUUCAUGACGGGGCGUUAUGCACUCCGCUCAGGAAUGGGUAGCACAGGCCGUGUGCAGGUGCUGCUGUUCCUUGGAGGUUCAGGGGGUCUUCCAAAAAGUGAGAACACCUUUGCUAAGAGGCUGCAACAACAAGGGUACACCACCGGCCUAGUAGGUAAGUGGCACUUGGGUGUGAACUGUGAUCACAGGGGGGAUCACUGUCAUCACCCUAACCAGCACGGCUUCAGCUACUUCUACGGCCUGCCCUUUACUCUGUUCAAUGACUGUGUGCCUGGACACGGGAGUGACGUCCUGGCAGACCUCCAGCACACACUCCGAAAUCUGACCAUUAUUCUUGGAGUUGGACUUUUAACACUGGUGUGCGCCCAUGUGUGUGGCCUCCUUGAAGUCAACCUCUGGUUCCUGGUAGCACUUUUCUUUCUCUGCAUCUUAGCAACGGCUAUAUGGUAUGUGCCCUUUAAACUCCUGCCGACCUGGAACUGCAUCAUCAUGAGGAACCAAGAGGUGAUUGAACAGCCGAUGACAGUGGAGACGUUGCCCCAGAGGUUGCUGGGAGAAGCACAACAUUUUAUAAAGAGGAAUGUUGAUCGUCCGUUCCUCCUCUUCUUCUCAAUGGCCCAUAUCCACACACCUCUCUUCAAAACUCCUGCUUUUGCUGGCAAAAGUCGCCAUGGUUGCUACGGUGACAACGUAGAGGAAAUGGACUGGAUCAUCGGUAAGUUGACAGAGACGGUGGACUCCCUUGGCCUAGCCAACAAUACUCUGAUGUACUUUACAUCAGACCAUGGUGGACACUUAGAAGAUGCCGACUCAAUAAUCGGCCAGAAAGGAGGCUGGAACAGCAUCUAUAAAGGUGGGAAGGCAAUGGGGGGCUGGGAGGGUGGGAUAAGAGUACCUGGUAUUUUCCGCUGGCCUGGCAGACUGGCAGCUGGGAGAGUAAUAGAUGAACCAACUAGUCUUAUGGACCUGUAUCCUACACUGAAGUAUUUAGCGAAGGACACACAGCCAGACAGACAUUUAGAUGGCUAUAACCUCAUGCCACUGUUGGAAGGGAAAGUAGAGCGAUCAGAGCAUGAAUUCAUGUUCCACUACUGCGGCAUCUACCUGAAUGCGGUUCGCUGGCACCCACCUGGCAGCGACUCCGUUUUCAAGGUUCACUUUUUCACUCCCAACUUUUCUCCCCCGGGAGCCGGUGGAUGCUAUGACACUAAGGUCUGUCUAUGUCACGGAGAGCAUGUGACGUACCACAAUCCACCACUGUUGUAUGACAUUUUCCACGACCCCUCAGAGUCCCACCCUCUUACCCCUGAUACUGAGCUGCGAUAUGCUGAAAUCUUUGAGCAGACUGCCAAAGCUGUGGGAAAGCAUCAAAAUACCUUCUCAAAUAAACAGGUGUCAGAUGAUACUCAGUCACACGCCAACACAGAUGCUCACACUGUUCAAAACCAGAUGACGUGGGAGAAGAUUCUCUGGAGACCCUGGCUUCAGCCCUGCUGUGGCACCUUUCCAUUCUGUGGCUGCAAAGAGGACACCCCACAUAUUUAAGAGAAAAGCACACCCUGGCACUUUUAAAAACUUGAAGAAAAGAAGAACAGCUUGGGCUUUGUGAAGCUCCUCUGGAGUCUGUGGCAGGGUUUUCACUUUUUUCAAGAAUAAUAUAAUACUGUAAUUUUUAUUGCAGGCUGCAUUCAGGUGCCUUCGCCAUUCCAUUUGUUCAGAGCAUUUCAAAGAUGUGACAUGAAAAGGUAUGGCCUCCAGACUUGGUGUAAAAACCUGUCCUACCAUGCUGUUUUGGAUAUCAGACUAGACACCACUGAAACUGAAAAGCCGUGUUUAAUCUAAAAUUUAAAAUGAUUCUACAAGGCAAUUGACUGUAUUGUAAGUAUGAAGUUGAAGCAAUAGUCAUAUUGUUUAGAACACAUCUUUAAAAUUGAAACUAAAUUUAAAUUAAAAGUGUCAACCAAACUUAGUUGAAAUACUACUGAAACAAAAAAGAAAAAAAAAUUAAACAAUGUACUGACUGUACUAUACCUGUGGUCAGUGCAUUAUGCAUGUACUCAGUGCAGCGGAGUCAACAAUAAAUCUUAACUUGCAUGAAGAGGACGUCUGUUAUUUCCAUGUACCAUUCAUUAAGUGAAGGAUCUGUUCAGCUGGUGCUCUUAUUUCUUCCAAGGAAAAAAUGUCAACAGUGCAUAGAGUACGAUACAAUAAAAAAAAAAAGUUUUGCUUGCAUUUUGGUCACUGUAUCUACAUUUAAACAUAUAGUGAGGACAUUGUAGUAUUUGUGACAGCCCUCUGUUUGUUAAUGUAGCUAAUUCGGUCCAAUGUUUCAGUUGAGUAGGACCAAAAAUAGAGGUAAAAUUCCUGAAGAAGGUAAGUUGGUGUGUGAACCAUUAGGGGGCAGAGUCAGACUGUGUUUGGGAAGAUGGU